AAUACUUAAUUACUAGAUGUUAGAAAACAACAACUAUGCAUAUGUUUUAGCUAAUUAAUAAUGCACAUAAAAUUCAUGUUUUUGCAAAAGAAUGAUACAGUUGGUUGAUUGUAUGAGUGCAUAUAAUUAAAAGAUUUAUGGUUUUAAGAAGAAAACUAAACUUACAUAAGAACAUUAUGUUCAGUGUUAUAACCAAUAUUACUUUUAAUAUAAUACUGAGAAAUAAAUUGUAAGGAUGAGAACUUAGAAGUGAUUAGUAGCUUCAAGAUAGAUUCUUCAUAUACAAAAUUUGUAGCAACCUACUUGUGUGAGGAGGAUAGAAGAGGCCACCCAUUCAAUGCACUCAAUUUAAGAUGCCCACAUAGAGGGAUGUCAAUUACUUUGGUGACCUAAACACACAAAAUAAUUUUGUGUAUUCAAUCCAAUCAAUGAUUUUUGUUAUAUAGAUAAAAUUCUUCGCUUUACAUUGAAUUAAACCACAUGAUCUAGCGUUUGUAUGACAGUAUCAAUUGUUUAACAUGUUAGCUACGAUAUUGCGUAGGGUCGAAACACAAUUUCUAAUAUUCAUCACUAGUGAUUAGGACUACAUCAAAAGAAGAAAAUUGUAUUAAUUUGUAAAGGGUUUUCUAAGGUAGUUUUCAUAAUCGAAUCAGACUAAUUAUCAAGUUCAUAUCAUUGGUUGAUUGACGUGUCAUUCAACAAAAAAAAAAAGUUGAUUAAAAAUUAAAAUUUUAAUAUAAUAAAGAGUGAUGAUAGAAGAGUAAAUAGUAUGUUGAGAGGAUUAGAGAGUUUUAAUUAUUAAAAAAUAUUUUCUUUCAUUCUUUAAUUAUUUUAAAUGUCUUUUGUUAUGGAACUUAACGUCGUGGUAGAGGAGUCAGCAUGAUUAGGUUUCGUCCUGAAGGUGCAGGGUUGCCCUCACAAGGAUUCGGUGAUGUGGCAGAAGAACCAAGUCGGAUCAGGGAGCACCUCAUCGGUCGAGCCGAGACGAACCAUUCGAUUGUUGCUCCUUCCUACCAAGGAAGGUCAAUGUCAAGAGGGGAAUUCUCGAUUGACUCAUUCGAAGUUUAAGUCGGCUCAAGAUGGUAUAUAAGUGUUUGAGGUGUGUUCCCUUAUUAGUUGAGAGAGGAUUGACUUUUAUAUAAGUUUGUCGGAGGAACGAUAGUACGAGGCUCAUUAAUGAUAUAUGAUAUCCUGGGAGGUCAACCCAAGCUUUCUGCAUGGCACGAGCUGACCUGCACGACACCUUACCAUGCGGCAUCGUCUUGCAUUAUCACAAAUGGCUCAACGUAUGACAGUGUCGUCUCGUACAGAUCCAAGCGACACGAGUAUGACUCUCAGAUCCGAUGUACUUUGUUAGCACGAGAAUGACUUCCGCCGCUCUCAGAUUCGAUGUAAUUUACCUCGUUUCUUUCAUACUUGCAUUGAGUAAUGGUUUAACAUUAUUUUAUGUAGAUGAUGCCAAGAGUGGUUAAGGUUUGCAUUAGUUUUCUUCCCCAUCUGAUCGAACCUGUAAAGAAGCUUCGGUGUACGUGCAGGGCUUGUCGGGUUGACCAUAUCCAUGUAUUAUUAUCCUUAUCAUGCUGCUUCUCCUAACUCAAUCUUUAAUCUGUCUCAUGAGAUAUCUUAUUCUAUUCCCCAUAUAAAUAACAACUAUAAUGUUUAGUCCAUUGCAUGAGAGAGCAUUGUCGUCAUCUAAAUCAUUUCCCGGUUUUGAAGUUGACGAUUUCGAUUUCUGAAUUUUAGGAAUCAUAAUCGAAUCAUAGAGGAUUGGUUCUUGAUAUGGUUUGGUCCCAACGAGUCAUCGAGCUACUUUUGUUACUGUUCUAAUAUGAUUCGAUGUGGGUUCGAACCAAACUGUGAUCAGCACUAUGGUGAUGAAACCGUAGGAGGUCGAGGAAGUGUAAAGCUAGAUGAGUUUAUACUAUGAUCAUCGUAGAGCUGAAGCUUUCCAAGCAUCUGUCAUCACCUUCACAGUUGUCUAAUGCCAUGAACUGGACGUCGACUGUGGCAGCUGAGCAGUGACAUAUGUGAUGAGCAUUGUUUGCGGACAAUGAUUUGGCUGUGCCGAUCAUCUGGCAGAACUGUGUUCUUCGAGCAGGGUUGGUGAUGCAGCUGACAGCGCCAUUUAUCCUAAUGUCUUGUCAGUGGUGAGGACAGGCAGUACCGGAGGAGGAUUCGGUGGUGAGCCGAAUCCAGAGAAUUCAAUGGUGGCCUUCGCCCGCUUGCUCUGCUCCUGCAAGUUGUCGUGCUGGUGCUUGGCAAGUGGCCCGGGCGACUGAUGAGGGCACGGCCAUGGGCGGAUGAUUGGGUCGCAGGGUGGGGCGCCCCCAGAAUCCGCCCUGGUCGAAACGAUUCGGCGUUGUUCCUGCUCAUCAAUGAUCUUUGUUCUGUACACAGAGAGAGAGAGAGAGAGAGAGAGAGAGAGAGAGGACAAUGGCUAGACAUAGUUGAAGGUGAUCAUGGAAGAUUGGACAGCAACAAGCAUUGGGUAGCAAUGUGGAGAUGCUGUUCGAGACUAAAGAAAGACUCCCGCGCAACCUGAUCGAAGUUGUGAUUAGGUGAUCCGACAAUGAUGCAUGUUGAUUGGGCCUACCUCGAUAAGCUGCGAUUGGACAGGGGGGAGAGAGAGAGGCGAUGGAGGAGAGCAUCUUCUACAGCGCUCGCCAUGGCCACACAUGAGGCGUGCAGUGCAGUGGACCGCUUCGGAGCUGCGUCAGUGGGAGUACAGCGGAACGGGUGAAGUACCCUUCGGCUUCAAAAGUUGAAACGGCUAAGAGGGAGCAGGAAGACGGAGGGAGGAGGAGAUCUCCCUCGUGAUACCCUCUCGGUUGCGGCCUAUCGAGCGAGGAGAGAGAGGGACGAAGGCCAAUCAAAUCCCUCCGACUCUCUCUCUCUCGUUGCUGCUUUUAAGCGACUCUUCUUUUCUCGUGCGCCGCGCGUCACUGCACUUCACCAACCUCUGUCCCUCGCUCCUUCCCAUACGCAUCCAUCACCACUUCUGCUUCUCUCUCUCUGUAUAUAAUUCUCUACAUAGCUGGCGACUCUUCCUUUAGGUCUGCAAGUUCUCUUUCUUGGUUCUUAAACCUGAGGUUGCCCUGGAGAAGAGGAGAGCUCAGUGGUGGGGAGCAAUGGCGUGUGGGAAGGAUGGGGAGCAGGACUCUCGCAUUGGAGGGAUAGCGGCUUCCAUCCGCGUCGUCCCCGACUUUCCCAAGAAAGGAAUCAUGUUCCAGGACAUCACCACCCUGUUGCUCGACCCGAAAGCCUUCAAGAACACGGUGGACUUGUUCGUGGAGCGGUACAUCGGGAAGGAUGUCUCCGUUGUCGCUGGGAUUGAGGCUAGAGGCUUUAUAUUCGGUCCCCCGAUUGCUUUGGCAAUUGGUGCAAAGUUCGUUCCCUUGAGGAAGCCAAGAAAGUUACCUGGUGAAGUCAUUUCAGAAAAGUAUGUUCUGGAAUAUGGGACUGAUUGUCUUGAAAUGCAUGUCGGAGCAGUCCAACCUGGUGACCAUGCUUUGGUUGUUGAUGAUCUGAUAGCAACUGGGGGAACUCUUUGUGCUGCCAUGAAUUUACUUGAGCGUGCUGGGGCUGAGGUGGUUGAAUGUGCAUGUGUUAUUGAACUUCCAGAACUCAAGGGUCGAGAAAAAUUAAAUGGUAAGCCAUUAUACGUACUGGUGGAGUCGCGUUGUCGAGCCUUCUUCGUAUCAGUUCGUGUACAUUAGAGGAUUUUAUCUCCAUUAUCACAAGUUGAAGCUGGCUUCUGUUCUUCUCAGAUCUGUAAACUUCAAUUGGUUCAUGCCUUGGCUUCCUGCUUAUGCUCCCCAUUUUUCUCAAAUUUGCUUUGGGACACACUGCAUUUUAUUUGAAUAACCAUUUGUCAUCUCCCUGUUCUCAAACUCGUUGUGAUCAACUGUCAUGCAUUUUUCAUCAAUACAAACCUUGGAGUACUUGUCAUCUACAA